AUGGAAGCUCUUCGCGCUGCAAUUGAGGCAGCGCAAAGUGCCGGAGAGCUACUCUUGGCCCAGCUCAGACCAUACUGUGGGGAAGGGUUUGUUUGGGAGCGCCUGAGUGAGCUGAAAGACGUCACCAAGAUAUGCGACCGAAUUGAACUCGAUCCCGUUCUCGGGCGCGACCGUGACACCGAGGCCAGUCUGAAACAGUGUGCCGACAACGUCUCAGAUAUCAAAGUCCUUCUAGAGGAGGCCAAUUCCUUCAGGAAGAAUCAGCGCUUCAGACAGCCAUGGAAGUCUCUUGUCCGAGAAGAUAUAGAAGAAGAGUCUGUGCGUCUCUUCAAUAGGCUCCAGAGGGAGAGGGCGGCGUUGGAGUUACACAUAGCGACUGCCACUUCGGAUGCUGAGUAUCAAAUGGGCGUAGCUGCCACAGGAGCCCGGAGACGCUUUGCUGCCUUCAGCCCCGCCGAUGUAAAUUUCCUUCGUGACGAAAUCUUCAUCACCGACCCACGUGAUGACAGAUCCUCUCUCAUCUCUGCCAAAGGGGAAAGAGCCGACGGAACUUGCAUGUGGGUGCUCGAAACGGAUGCCUACAACGCAUGGAUGAAUACCCCAUGUCCAGGACUGUGGAUCACGGGUGGCCCAGGGACGGGCAAAACCAUGAUGUCAAUUUUCUUGACCGAACAGCUUGAGCUCAAGGCCGCAAGGUCGGAGGCAGAGAAUGUUAUCUACUACUUUUGCGACAAUCAAAACGACUCAAGAAACGAUGCCCUGGGAAUACUCCGAGGUCUUAUUUGGCAACUUGGUAGCAUGAAGCCCAGCCUGAUGAAACAUGGGCUAUCUGACGUGCGUCUAGUUGACGCGAAUCCCCUUUUUUAUUUGCGGAUGUUUGAUUUGCGAAUGGAGAUCCUCUGUCGAAUUUUCAACAACAUGGUUGAAGACUUGGAUGCUGGGUGCGUCUUUUGUGUCAUUGAUGGCCUGGACGAAUGCGAUAGCACAUCCAGCGAUUUAGUCAACUGUCUUCUGGGUGUGAGCACGUCCAAAUUCAAGCCACUAGUUCUCAGCCGACCCCUGAAUCAGCCACUCACGAGGUCACUCUCUAAUUAUUUGCGCCUCCGUCUUGACACCGACUUGCAAAAGGAGAUAAAGGCAGAUCUCAAGGCCUUCAUCCAACAACGAGUGCAGCAACUGUCAGACGAUGGUGGCUAUCCGCCAGCACUUCAACAAGUCAUUCAUGAUACCUUCAUACAGAGAUCAGAAGGGACAUUCCUCUGGGUUAAGCUCGCGGCGCAGGAGCUCGAAAAGAGGCCAUUGGCCGAAGUCGAAACCUGCCUCAGCAGCCUGCCUUCUGGUCUAGAUGGCAUCUACAGCCGGAUUCUGAGGAGCAUAGACCAUGCAUGCGCUGGAUCUGUGUCCCGCCUUCUCACUGUGAUCACGACGGCUUACCGUCCCCUGAGCAUCGAAGACGCGGAAACCCUACUGGGCAUUCAGCCUGUUGGUCAAUUAACGGCCUCCGAGGUAAUGGAAUCAGUCGUCGCUCAAUGCAGCAGCCUUCUGGUCCUUGUGUGUAAGCCGAGGAGUGAGAAGAAGGUCAUACGAUUGCUGCACCAGUCGGUUAAAGACUACCUCUUCCGCUCAUCAAAGUACGGCGACCGCGGCCUGGAGGCGUUUUAUUUUCAACAUAACAAGGCGCAUCUGCAGCUCGCAAGCCUUUGUCUAGGCAUAUUGGAAUCCCACUACCCGGAGAAUUUCCGAACCACCCGAGACAGGAGUUUCACGGGAAAGUAUGCAGUAGACUGUUUCAAGCAUCAUGCCAAAGACAGUGGCAGCGAGUUUUCGUCACUGGUGCCAAGGUUCUUAUUCUUCUUAGUACCAUUGAUGGAUGCCGCAGAAGAUAUGGUCGACUGGCGCAGUUCUAUUCACAACGCAUCACAUUUUGGCGUCUUGCCUAUUGUGAGGCAUGUUCUUGACAAGCCCCUGGGCCUUUACAAAAGUAUUCGAGGAUAUACCCAAGGAAUGACACCGCUGCACAUUGCCGCAUUUUGGGAAAACGAUGAAGUGGUUCGCGUCCUGCUCGAGAAGCAGAGACGCCUACCACGAAAGUGGUCAGCGUCUUCAACGAACUCGGCUGGAGAAACCCCUCUUCAUAUCGCUGCGGGACGAAGACCAGUAUCUUCUGUACAAGCUCUUCUUGACUACAAAUCGGACCCCAAUAUACGAAAUAACCAAGGCCAUACGCCGCUGCAUAAGGCGAUAUAUAUGGACCAUGCGGAGUCCGUACGAUUAUUGUUAGCAGCAGGAGCCCAAGCUUCAGCUCAGGAUUUCUGUGGUCGUACUCCACUGUACUUGGCAGCCGCAUUUGAUCUCAAGCACGGCGCCCACAGCGGUCGCUUCUGUCACCCCAGCACUGAUUCAGUCAUGAAACAGUUGCUCGAAGCAGGUUCAGACGUAGACCGAGGAGACGAAUACGGCAUUUUGCCGCUGCAUAUCGCAGUUCUCAGGAGCUGCGCCAGGCACACUCGCCUCCUACUGCAUUGGAGUGCGAACCCUGCUAUUGCAAAUUAUUGGGGAUUCAAACCACUACACUACAUAGUAGGCGACUCGGAAAUCCUUGCCUCUAUUGAUGAAUAUAGAGCAAACGAUCGGUACUCAAACUCGCGGAAAGGAAACAUUUUCAGCCAAAGCUCUGGCAACCGAAACGUAUCAACCGCGAACUUCCCGCACGGAAACUAUAGCAUCUAUGAAGGAUGGGGCGACGCCAGAGGUCGGCUUGCCGUCUCAGAGCACAGGACGUACGUCUUCAUGCAUGAGGAGCAACAUAACGCAGGCGUCAAAGAGAUUCUAGAGUGUUUCAAGUCCAGCGGAGCGGAUCUCAAUGUCCAGGCCGCAGAUGGCACCACACCCCUGAUGUGCUGCGCGUAUCGAAACAAACCGACGUGUUUGGUGGCAGCGAAGUGGUUGAUAGCAGCUGGAGUGGACGUUAACACGCAGGAUGAUCACGGUGACUCAUGUCUACAUAUAGCGGUGGUGCAGCGUAAACGAAGUCUCGUGGCUGCGCUCAUCGAUGCCGGUGCCAACCAAGAGUUGCAGAAUGAAAAGGGCAUGACUCCUGCAGACCUCAUACAACUUCGCCCUGAGUUCUGGGAGGUGCUGGAGACAGAGGUCAAAGUUGAAGAGGUCGAAUAG